AUGGCAACUGCACCGGCUGUAGGCAUCGACCUCGGAACCACUUACUCCUGCGUUGGCGUUUAUCAGAACGAAAAAGUGGAGAUCAUCGCCAAUGAGCAGGGCGCGUACACCACGCCCUCCUACGUCGCCUUCACGGAUGCAGAGCGUCUCAUCGGCGACUCCGCCAAGAACCAGUGCGCCCUCAAUCCUGAGAAUACCAUCUUCGACGCCAAGCGCUUGAUCGGUCGCAGGUUCAACGACCCUGAAGUGCAGGCAGACCUCAAGCACUUCCCGUUCAAGGUCAUCUGCGGCCCCGACGAGAAGCCCCAGAUCCAGGUUGUCUACAAGGGUGAGACGAAGACGUUCACUCCCGAGGAGAUCUCCUCCAUGGUCCUCACCAAGAUGAAGGAUAUCGCCAGCGACUACCUCGGCAACAAGGUCACCGAGGCCAUCGUCACCGUCCCUGCGUACUUCUCUGAUGCGCAGCGCAAGGCUACGCAGAACGCCGGCACGAUUGCUGGGCUUAACGUCCUCCGCAUCAUCAACGAGCCCACUGCCGCUGCCAUCGCCUAUGGGCUCGACAAGUCUACGUCCAAGAAGGAGCGCAACAUCCUCAUCUUUGACCUCGGUGGUGGGACGUUCGAUGUCUCCCUCCUGACUGUCGACCCCAGCUCCGGCGUCUUUGAGGUCAAGGCCACGGCUGGCGACACUCACCUGGGCGGCGAGGACUUCGACUCGCGCGUCGUGAACUACUUCAUCGCCGAGUUUAAGAAGAAGCACGGGAAGGAUAUCUCCGGUAGCAACAGGGCGAUGCGUCGCCUGCGCACUGCCUGUGAGCGCGCUAAGCGCACUCUUUCCUCGAGCCAGCAGGCGUCUAUCGAGAUAGAGUCUCUUUUCGAGGGCAUAGACUUCUUCACUAACAUCACAAGGGCGAAGUUCGAGGAUCUUUGCAUUGACCUCUUCCGUAAGUGCCUGGACCCCGUUGAUCGCGUUCUCCGCGAUUCCAAGCUCGGAAAGAACGACGUCCACGACAUUGUUCUUGUCGGUGGGUCCACGCGUAUCCCGAAGGUCCAGCAGAUGCUCAGGGACUUCUUCAACGGCCGCGAGCUCAGCAAGAACGUCAACCCCGACGAGGCUGUCGCCUACGGGGCGUCUGUCCAGGCCGCCCUCCUGUCCUCUUACAAGGAUCAGGCCGGAAGCGGUGCAAUCAACGACAUCCUGCUUCUCGAUGUCACGCCUCUCUCGCUCGGUAUCGAGACGUCUGGCACCAACAUGACGACCCUCAUCCCGCGCAAUACCACUGUGCCAGUAUCUAGGAAGGAGACCUUCACGACCUACGCCGACAACCAGACAACCGUUACAAUCAGGAUCUUCGAGGGCGAGCGGCCGCUCACGAAGGACAACAACUUGCUCGGUACGUUCGACCUCGGCGGCAUUCCCCCCGCGCCCCGUGGCACACCAAAGAUAGAAGUCACCUACGACGUCUCCGCCGACGGCGUUCUCACAGUCACAGCCAAGGACCUCGGCGGCACAGGAAACUCCAAGCAACUCUCGAUCAACCAGAACGCCAACCGCCUUUCGCAGGAGGAGAUCGACCGCAUGGUCAAGGACGCUGAGCGCUUUGCCAAGGAGGACGAGAAGAUCCGCGAGGGCCAGAAGGCCCGGAACGAGCUCGAGAGCCUCGUCUUCAGCGUGAAGUCCACCCUCGGCGAGGGCAAGGUACAGAUCUCAGAUGACGAUAAGAAGAAGAUCGAGACGGCCGUCAACGAAUGCGCGACCUGGCUUGAGAACAACAAGGUCGGCGACAAGGAGCAGUUCGAGGCCAAGAAGAAGGAGCUGGAGGCGAUCGUCCAUCCCGUUAUGGCUGCUGGCAUGGGCGCGGCCGGUAUGCCGCCGGGAGGCUUCCCUGGUGGCAUGCCUCCUGGUGGGUUCCCCGGCGGAUUCCCUGGCGGGAUGCCCGGUGGCGCGGCCCCAGGCGGUGCCCCUGCGGGUCCCAGUGUCGAUGAUCUGGACUAA